AGUGCGGGUCUGGGACCGGCGUGCGGGGUCCGGGAGGAGCGCCGUGCCCUGCCGAACCAUGAAUAAUUGUGUUCUCCUGGAAGAGCAGCUGAUCAAAAAAUCCCAGCAGAAGAGACGGACCUCUCCCUCUAACUUCAAAGUGCGCUUCUUCGUUUUAACCAAAUCCAAGCUGGCUUAUUUUGAGCAUCGCCAUGGGAAAAAAAGAAUUUUGAAGGGCUCCAUUGAACUGUCCAGGAUCAAAUGUGUCGAAAUUGUGAAAAGCGACAUCACAAUUCCCUGUAACUAUAAAUAUCCCUUCCAGGUUCUCCAUGACAACUACCUGCUGUACGUGUUUGCACCUGACCGAGAGAGCCGACAAAGAUGGGUGUUUACACUGAAAGAAGAAACCAGGAACAACAACAAUUUGGUGCCAAAGUAUCAUCCAAAUUUUUGGAUCGAUGGGAGAUGGCGAUGCUGUGGCCAGACCGAGAAGCUGGCAGCUGGCUGCUUAGAAUACGACCCCACCAAGAACGCUUCCAAGAAGCCUCUUCCUCCCACGCCUGAAGAUAACUGGUUGUUGCUGGACCCCCAGGAUGUGUUAGUAAUGGCUAUAUAUGACUAUCGGGCCCAGAAUCCCCAGGAGCUGACCUUGCAGCGUGGUGAGGAGUACUAUGCUAUCGACAAGUCUGAAGAUCACUGGUGGUUGGUUCAGGAUAAGAAUGGUCACGAAGGAUACGUACCAAGCAGUUACGUGGUGCAAAAAUCACCAGACAACCUCCAAAUGAACGAGUGGUACAAUAAGAGUAUCAGCCGCAGCAAAGCAGAAACUCUCCUCAGAGAUGAGGGUAAGGAAGGUGCCUUCAUGGUGAGAGAUUCGAGGCAGCCCGGCAUGUACACAGUCUCCGUUUUCACCAAAGCAUUGAGCAAUGACAACAGCCCCGUCAUCAAGCAUUAUCACAUCAAAGAGACUAAUGACAACCCCAAGCGCUAUUACUUGGCAGAGAAGCACGUGUUCGACUCCAUCCCAGAACUCGUCAACUACCACCAGCACAAUGCAGGAGGGCUCGUCACUCGUCUGCGGUAUGCAGUUUGUUCCUGGAGAGAAAAGGCCCCUAUCACAGCAGGACUGAGCUACGGGAAGUGGGUCAUCAAUCCUUGGGAGCUAACGUUAGUGCAGGAGAUUGGCAGCGGCCAGUUUGGGGUGGUCCAUCUUGGCUACUGGCUCGAGAAGACGAAAGUGGCUAUAAAGACCAUUCGCGAAGGAGCGAUGUCAGAAGAGGACUUUAUCGAGGAGGCCCAAGUCAUGAUGAAGCUGUCUCAUCCCAAGCUGGUGCAGCUCUAUGGCGUGUGCUUCGAACAGGCCCCCAUCUGCCUGGUGUUUGAGUUCAUGGAACACGGCUGCUUGUCAGAUUACCUCAGAAACCAGCGGGGCACCUUCUCCAAGGAGACCCUCCUGGGGAUGUGCCAGGACGUGUGCGAAGGGAUGGCUUAUCUGGAGCAGGAUUCUGUCAUUCACAGGGACCUGGCCGCUCGGAACUGUCUGGUCGGAGAAUCCCAGGUGGUCAAAGUGUCGGAUUUUGGGAUGUCCAGGUAUGUCCUCGAUGACCAGUACACUAGCUCCACAGGCACCAAAUUCCCCGUCAAAUGGUCUGCCCCAGAGGUUUUCUCCUACUCCAACUACAGCACCAAGUCGGAUGUAUGGUCAUUUGGAGUGUUGAUGUGGGAAGUGUUCAGCGAAGGCAAAAUCCCUUACGAAAACCGGACCAACGCGGAGGUGGUGGAGGAAAUCAACGCAGGACUCCGCUUGUAUAAACCCAAGCUGGCCUCCAAGGCCAUCUAUGAGCUCAUGAGCAGCUGCUGGAACGCGAGGAAAGAAGACCGACCCUCCUUCUCCAUCCUGCUCUACCAGCUGGGCGAGAUCUCUGAAUUUGACCUUUAAUCGGGACAAUGGCUCACUGGGUGAAGGUGAGCAAGACGUCUGAUUGGACAGCGUUUUCCCUACCUGAAGCAUUAACAAAACCCUUCCGACCUGAGAGAAUAGUUCUAGCCAGGCCAAUCCUUCUCAAGAGCUCCACGGAGAAAAGAUGGAGUCAAAUGUUUGGCUUGGGAACACGGGAAAGGUUCUCACAAACCAGACCAGCAAUUUAGCAGAGGUCCCAGAGAAAGGCUUCUCAUCUUCUCCUGAGAAUUGGGCUCAGUGCGUGCCCUCAGAUUUUGUGCUUCCACCCCUAGAUGCACACAACAGACACUUUAGCCUGCCCUGAACAAGGUGUCUCAUCACCGACAAGAGGAGCUCUGCGUAAGAUAUUACCUCAGCCGCUUUGUCUCUCUCAGAACCAUUCGGAUGCUUCCAGAUUUGUGACACAGCCAGUCUGGAGCGGAAAGGGAUGGCUGGAUGAACUGGGACCAGCUCCAACACACAGAGCAGACAGGCGCUCUGGCUGGGCUUACCCAUUGCGCCCUGUACGUUGCAGGGUUAAAGACUGGGUUGUCGUCUUAGCAUGAUUUGCUCUGCCGCUCUGGGGUAAGGGGUGUAGGAUUCUGGAGGGCGUAACAUAGGUGCACCUGAGAAAACUAUGAAUGAAAUGGCAAGGUCUUUCAACUCUGGUAUGUUGUUAGUGGGGGACAGAGAAAGAUAAACCCACACACAGACUUUCUGGUGCAGACUGGGAUGUGUGCGGGGGCGGGGGGGACCCAAAGCUGAAGAAUAUGGGUGUCAAAAUUCCCAUGGAGACGUCUCCAGAAGGAAAAACGGGCCUCCAAAGAGCUCGCAGUUGAUCAACAAAGGACAGUUUGUCAGUGCAGAUCACGUCUAGGGCAGUUGAGGCGGGCAGGAGCUCUGGGUCUCCUUGCCUGAGGUGAAAGGCUCCUUUUGAGAACUCCCCAGGAACUGGUGUGUUUUCUGAAGCAAGGUAAGAGGCAGCGGUGGGUGGCAAUGCAACGGGCCCUGCGGAGACUUCCCAUCUGGAUGACGGGGCUUUGUGGAGGAGACCGGGAGGUGCAGGCUGAGGGAUGCAAUGCCACAAUGAAGUACAAGUGCUCCAGGCACUUGUGAUAAUAAAAGGAGACCCCACUCCCUCUAUCCACCCAAGAAAGCAACGGAGCCUCCCCACAAAGACCUUUUCACCUCUUCGGUGAGCCACGUAUCGAGCCUUCUGAACUCCUAACGGGAGUGGCUUUCCACGGGUGUAACGGAGACCAGACUCCGUCCCCGACCGCGUAUACAGCUACCAACGCCGCAAUCUUUUGCCUAGUAGCGUGGAAAACGCUGGCCUGUAUUUUAUAAUCAGCGCUCCUACAGGAAUCGGACGGACCGGGUAUUUCAUGGUGCCGGACGCUGUGUGGCAGCAUUGGAAGAAGCUAUGUUCCAUGUUCAUGUAACUUAUCUAAUAUUCUAGCAAGCCCAGGAACAUUCCUCUCCCCAGAACCAGCCUCCAAAACAGAGCACACGCUGGGACUUUUUGCUAAGCAUUACGGAGAAAGGGAAGGCUCUGGAGGAUUUCUCUGUUAGCCACUGGACUCACUUCCCAUACUUGCUAGGCACUGCGCCGAUCUCAUUCUUCUCCCCCAUUGGAUUUUGUUCUGCAUUAAUUUCUUAGCUAGACACACCUGAAACGUCAGCAUGAAUCAUUUUCCCUGGCAGGUCGCCUGCCUUCACAAACUGGAGACAGGUCUGCCCCAGCCCCUGGGAUCCGAACAUGGCGGGGACGUUUGGCUCCCGGUCUCCGUUCGAUAGUCUCAGCUAGAGGCUGGGGCAGGAACCGCCACAAAUGGAAUUCUGCAAGGCCUGGAGUUCACCUGCUUUUUCUUCAUUCCUCCCCACUGGCUUCAGUUCGCCCACUGCCAUGUUCUUGUGGCAUCAGAUCUGGCCUCCAGUUGCUGCCCAGAAUAGGGGACCAUGGGGAAUUGCACCCUAGGGAGCUUGGGGGGAGUUGUGAGUGGCCCAGGACAUAUGGGACUGUACCUGGAGUGGGGGUUACCUGGCCAUAACCCUGACUCCUCCCUUGCAGCUCCCCCACUCUUUACUCCUAGAGUGGGUCUGGACCAGUGGUUCUCAACAUGGACCAUGUGGCUCCCCAGGGGACACGCCUUCCUUCUAGGGGGCCACAUGGGAAAAAACGGAACAUUAGAGGGCCACAAUAAGUUUCUGAGGGGGCCACCCGAACUUAACUGCCGGGCGUAUGAUGAAUGAGGCUCAGAACGGUUGAGAAACACUGGUCCAGACCACACCUCUCUGUCGACAGAGAGAUGUAGAUUAGGCACGUCGAAAUUGCUAA